ACGCCACGCCGGUGCCCGAGCAGAGAAGCCCAGGCUGCGCGCGUCCAGCCGCCGCGCGGGGAGCGCCCGGAGGCGGGGGCCGGCAGGCGGACAGCAGCCGCGGGGCAGCCGGGGAGCAUGCCCGCGCAGCCCCGCUGAAUGGCGCCUUCUCCGCGACCCCUCGCCCGGCCGCAGCCGCCGGGGAUGCUGCUCGGCGCGCUCCUGCUCCUGCUGCUCCUCGGCUCCCUUCCAGGAGUAUGGUGCUUUAGCGAACUGUUUUUUAUAAAAGAACCGCAGGAUAUAACUGUCACAAGAAAGGACCCAGUCAUUUUAGAUUGCCAGGCUCAUGGAGAAGUUCCUAUUAAAGUCACUUGGUUGAAAAAUGGAGCAAAAGUGUCUGAAAAUAAGCGGAUCCAGGUUCUGUCCAACGGUUCUUUAUACAUCAGUGAGGUGGAAGGCAAGCGAGGAGAGCAGUCUGAUGAAGGAUUUUAUCAGUGCUUGGCAAUGAACAAAUUUGGAGCCAUUCUUAGUCAAAAAGCUCAUCUUACCUUAUCAACUAUUUCUGCAUUUGAAGUUCAGCCAAUUUCUAUUGAGGUCCAAGAAGGUGGAGUUGCUAGAUUUGCAUGCAAGAUUUCAUCAAACCCUACUGCAGUCAUAACAUGGGAAUUAAAUCGGACAACUCUGCCUGUAACUAUGGACAGGAUAACCGCCCUACCAACAGGAGUAUUGCAGAUCUAUGAUGUCGACCAGCAGGAUGCUGGAAACUACCGUUGUGUUGCUGCUACUGUAGCCCACAGACGUAAAAGCAUGGAGGCCUCUCUCACAGUGAUUCCAGGGAAGGAGCCUAAGCCCUUCCACACACCAGCCAUUAUAGCAGGUCCACAGAACAUAACGGCAUCUCUUCAUCAGACUGUUGUUUUAGAAUGUGUGGCCACGGGAAAUCCCAAACCGAUCAUUUCUUGGAGCCGUCUUGAUCACAAGUCCAUUGAUGUCUUUAACACUCGGGUGCUUGGUAACGGUAACCUCAUGAUAUCUGAUGUCAGGCUACAACAUGCUGGAGUGUACAUUUGUCGGGCCACCACCCCAGGCACACGCAACUUUACAGUUGCCAUGGCAACUUUAACUGUGUUAGCUCCUCCUUCAUUUGUUGAAUGGCCAGAAAGUUUAACGAGGCCUCGAGCUGGCACUGCUCGAUUUGUAUGUCAGGCAGAAGGAAUCCCUUCACCCAAAAUGUCAUGGUUGAAAAACGGAAGGAGGAUACAUUCAAAUGGUAGAAUUAAGAUGUACAACAGUAAAUUGGUAAUUAACCAGAUUAUUCCUGAAGAUGAUGCUAUUUAUCAGUGCAUGGCUGAGAACAGCCAGGGAUCUGUUUUAUCUAGAGCCAGGCUGACUGUAGUAAUGUCAGAAGACAGACCCAGCGCUCCCUAUAAUGUGCAUGCUGAAACCAUGUCAAGUUCAGCCAUCCUUUUAGCUUGGGAGAGGCCACUGUAUAAUUCAGACAAAGUCAUUGCUUAUUCCGUGCACUACAUGAAAGCAGAAGGUUUAAAUAAUGAAGAGUACCAAGUAGUCAUCGGAAAUGACACAACUCAUUAUAUUAUUGAUGACUUAGAACCUGCCAGCAAUUAUACUUUCUACAUAGUGGCAUAUAUGCCAAUGGGAGCCAGCCAGAUGUCUGACCAUGUGACACAGAACACUUUAGAGGAUGUUCCCUUGAGACCUCCUGAAAUUAGUUUGACCAGUCGAAGUCCCACGGAUAUUCUCAUCUCCUGGCUGCCGAUCCCAGCCAAGUAUCGGCGGGGCCAAGUGGUGCUCUACCGCCUGUCCUUCCGCCUGAGUACCGAGAACGCCAUCCAAGUUCUGGAGCUCCCGGGGACCACGCACGAGUACCUUUUGGAGGGCCUGAAACCUGACAGUGUCUACCUGGUGCGGAUCACUGCUGCCACCAGGGUGGGGCUGGGAGAGUCUUCAGUGUGGACCUCACAUAGGACCCCCAAAGCUACCAGUGUGAAAGCCCCAAAGUCUCCAGAGUUGCAUUUGGAGCCUCUCAACUGUACCACCAUUUCUGUGAAGUGGCAGCAGGAUGCUGAGGACACAGCAACCAUUCGGGGCUACAAGCUGUUCUACAAAGAGGAAGGGCAGCAGGAGAACGGACCCAUUUUCUUAGAUACCAGCGACCUUCUGUAUACUCUCAGUGGUUUAGACCCCAGAAGAAAAUACCAUGUGAGGCUGCUGGCUUACAACAACAUAGAAGAUGGCUAUCAGGCGGACCAGACAGUCAGUACUCCAGGAUGCGUGUCUGUCCGUGAUCGCAUGGUUCCUCCUCCACCACCACCCCACCACCUCUAUGCGAAGGCUAACACCUCAUCUUCCAUAUUCCUGCACUGGAGGAGGCCUGCGUUCACCACGGCACAAAUAAUUAACUACACCGUCCGCUGUAACCCUGUUGGCCUGCAGAAUGCUUCUUUGGUUCUGUACCUUCAAACAUCAGAAACUCACAUGUUGGUUCAAGGUCUAGAACCAAACACCAAAUACGAAUUUGCUGUUCGACUGCACGUGGAUCAGCUUUCCAGUCCCUGGAGCCCGGUUGUCUACCACUCCACGCUUCCAGAAGCACCGGCAGGCCCACCGGUUGGAGUAAAAGUGACGCUGAUAGAGGAUGACACUGCUCUGGUGUCUUGGAAACCUCCUGACGGCCCGGAGACGGUUGUGACGCGCUACACUAUCUUGUACGCAUCCAGGAAGGCCUGGAUUGCAGGAGAGUGGCAGGUCCUACACCGCGAAGGGGCAAUAACCAUGGCUUUGCUAGAAAACCUGGUGGCAGGAAAUAUAUACAUUGUCAAGAUAUCUGCAUCCAAUGAAGUGGGAGAAGGACCCUUUUCAAACUCUGUGGAGCUGGCAGUGCUUCCAAAGGAAACCCCAGAAUCAAAUCAGAGGCCCAAGCGUUUAGAUCCUGCUGAUGCCAAAGUUUAUUCAGGCUAUUACCAUCUGGACCAAAAAUCAAUGACCGGCAUUGCUGUGGGUGUCGGCAUAGCCUUGACCUGCAUCCUCAUCUGUGUUCUCAUCCUCAUAUACCGAAGUAAAGCCAGGUGUGUUUCCAAGACAGCACAGAAUGGAGCUCAACAGUUAUCUCGUACCGGUGCCUCCCUCACCAGCGGAAAUGAAAUGGGAAAGAACCUGGAAGGAGUGGUAGAAAAUGAAGAGUCCUUAAUGCCAAUGAUCAUGCCGAACAGCUUCAUAGACGCCAAGGGAGGAACUGACCUGAUAAUUAAUAGCUAUGGUCCUAUUAUUAAAAGCAACCCUAAGAAAAAAUGGCUUUUUUUCCAAGAUUCUAAGAAGAUAAAAGCUGAGCAGCCUCAAAGAAGAUUUACUCAAGCAGUCUGCUUUUACCAGCCAGGCACCACGGUAUUGAUCAGUGAUGAAGACUCCCCCAGCUCCCCAGGUCAGACAGCCAGCUUCCCAAGACCCUUUGGUGGUGCGACUGAUACUGAGCAUUCAGCAAAUAGUGAAGGCAGCCACGAAACUGGGGAUUCCGGAAGGUUCUCCCACGAAUCCAAUGAUGAAAUACACCUGUCCUCAGUUAUAAGUACCACGCCCCUGAUCCCCAGUUCCUUCACUGGCAGUGAUUCAGGUGGGGAGCCCUCGAUGAGGAAGUGUGAAGACCCUGCAGUGCCGUCAGAUGCCGAGCAAACUCUCCCUUCAGUGCCGCAGCCACCACCUGCCAUGCUCUGCUUUGAUAAAAAGGAUUUUCCAAUCUAGACAGCCAUGUCCAGGUAUUCUCACCUUUAAGUCUGUUCGAAGGACAAUGAACAGGGAGCCAAAGCCUUUUGUGAAAAUCUUGAUGUCUUUUUGGGUAUUUCACCUUUUUUGAAUGUGGUUUUUUUUUUUAUUUUUAAGCUCACAUAUUUUGAAUGUUUCAUUGUCAGCAAUGUGAAAAGACAGUCAAGAUACUUGACUGGAUUAUAAAAUAUAUCACUGGAGCAAAGGGAUGACUUUUGAAAGCCCCUUUGCUGACUAUCUACCUCAGUUUGCCAAGUGGCAAACUCAGAAGAUAACUUUGUUACCUCGUUUGUUGUGAUAGUUGAUCUCCGCUAUGUAACCAAUGAUACUUCCUAGUAGCAUUUUGUUUUCAUUGCUGUACGUGUAAUGUGUGUGAUCAAAGGAGUCAUAUAGGUAGAUGAGUAAGAAUGUUUAUCCGAAGCUCUGAUUUAAAAACAACAACAACAACAAAAAACUAUGAUACCUACAUGAUUUAGAUAAUUUAGCACCUCUGGCUGUGCAGACUGAAACCACUGAGAAGAGAAAAGUUGGGACUGUUGAUUUUACUGAAUGACCAAAACAAAAAAGUCUAUCUCUUUUGAGAACAGAACUGUUCAUUAGCGUACAGGGAAUGCUGUUGCUUCAAGGGCCUUUACACAGUGGGCAUGAGAGCCUGAAUGCUUUCUCUGCUGUAACCCAGACCUCAGCCUGUCUCGAAGCCGUGCCUUUCUACCUGCCCCUUUGCCUGACAGUUGGCCAAAGGCUGCACUGUCUAGUUUGCAAAGCAUCCUCAACCUUUCCAGAAUUAGCUGCAAAACUCCUUGCAGGAAACAGAUUUUUAAAGAGAAUAGGUUAGGGCUUUUUUUUUUCCCCCCUUAAAUCUCAGCUUGGCUUAAAGGGGUAAAGAAAUUUCAUAAAAUAUUAAGAAUGAAGAUAAGUGCAACAGUAGACAGUAAAAUAAACUUGAGGUUGUCAUGGUAACAGUGCCUUUCAUUAUAUAUUAUGAAGUUCUUUGCCUUAUACUUUUUUAAUAUUCAUGAAGUUUUUCAGGACAAGAGUACAAAAAGUUGCCUUAAGAAUUUCUUGGAUUUUUAUCAAUAACUGUUUUUAUGUACAGAAUUUUAUCAAAGCAUUUUGGUUUAUUUUUGUGCAGGUUUUGUUUAGGGAUAAGUAUUCAGAGCUCCACCAGCUUGCUUGUGUUUUCUUGAAUUCUUAAGAGAAUUUGGUACUCUGUUUAAUCUUCCUUCAGCAUCAGUGCUGUAACAAGCAGUGCUAACUCCAGGAGUGAGUUAACUCUCUUCCUGGUUUGAAAUCAGCAAACUGUUUACUUAGCCACAUAGAUAGGCUUUCUCUCAGUCAUGAGACCAUUAACUACUCGGUGCCCAGCAGUGGGAGAGGAUAAAGAAACACAUGGUGUAUAGAGAGGGGGCCCUCAUAUCUUUUAAAAGUAUUUCUUCAAACUAUCUAGAAAUGACUUUUGAGCCUUGAGCCUCAUUUUGGAAGGAAUCAUAAUGGAUCUUCCCCUUGAAACCUUUUGUUUAUAGAGGGGUCAUGUUAAAUGAUGUUCUUAAAAAAAAAAAAAUUACUGGGUAACUGUCCCACCUCUGUCACCUUCUAUCUCAAUGUCUGAUGAUACAACAUUUUUUGGUUGUUUUUUAAUCCGCAGUUUUGUGCCAAACUGGAUGUGUUCAGAAGCAGACCAACAUUAAGUGCCAGCAAACACUUCCGAACUGAAUUCCAAGUCCCCCAUUUUGUUAUCUAAAAAUGGGCUUCAUGGCGAAACAAAAAAGCAGAGCUUUAGAUGAACAAUCUGAGGCAAGGGAAAAUGCUGCUCCUGCCUUUAUAGCUCCUGUUUUAUACUACCUCCUUGUAAAGUUAUUCUAGUGUUAUUUUUUUUUCCUGUACUCAGGGAACGUUUUGUUGCUUUUGAGCUGCCUCAUGGAAGCAUGGGCAAAUUGACAGGGUAUGGCGUUUUUUUGGUUCGUAAGUAGAAGUAUGAGGGGCCAAUUUUUAUCAGUGUCUAAAUUUAAGGAGUACAAUGAGUUGGUUUUAUUAUUUUAAACUUUUGUUAAAAGGCAAACAAAAUCUAAACUUGAAACCUUGUCCAUCGUGAUUAUGGGAGAUAUGUCUAGGACUCUAUGAAUUUGAAUCAUUUUAAAAGCCUAAAGUGAUGAUCUGAAGUCCUUGAAGAGAGUAUUUUGUUUGUUUUGUUUUUGAUAAAUAGGCCCAUAGCAAUUGUAGAUCUUUAGGCUGUAACUAUUUGCUAAUUAUUUACCAGUACAUUUUUUACUCUUUCACCUUUUCAUUUUGUUCUUAUACAAGAUUUUUUCAUAAUAAUCCUGUUACCAAAGAAUUUUCAGUAGAAAGUGGAAAUUUGACUAUGAUUUCCCCCCAAGUUGAAUUAACUAGAAACAUGUAUAGGUAUAAAGCUUAUACAGGUAGUUACUAACCCAGAAUGAUAGGGUUUAUAUUAAUUGUUGUAGUUAAAUAGACUAGUAAUUUUAACUACCUUAUUGUUACCAGAGCAUUUAAAAUAAGUUCUUCACCAGCAGAUAGUUCCAUAGAAUUUCAGAUUUUUUUUUUUCUUCAGCAAGUAGAUCUUCAGCUAUACAGUAUUAAAGUAUAUUGAAAUUGUUGAAACUACUUGCUGGAGAGAAAAAAAAUCUUUUCACCAAAGAUAAAUAUUUUGGUCUCAUUGAAGUAAGAUAUUUAAUGUACACCAAAGACUUCUUUUUACUUGGCCAAAGCUAGCUUCUUUGAAGUCUUAAGUAUGAAAUUGUAACUAAAAUGUGAAGAUUCUCAUUUCUCUCUCCUAGUGGUGUUAUGUCACGGUAUUUCACUCCAAAGGGGCUAAUAUGCAAAUAGUAACUAUUUUCUUUCCCAAAGGUUUAUUCUCUGUAAGUACUGAUACGUGCAUGUCAUUUUUAUGCCAAAUAUUACAAGAUACUGCUCAUCAGUAUUUUCAUACCAAAGACCAUUAAAAUGUAUAGGUUAGCCUGUAAGUAAGUAAAGAUGAGCAGAUUUGAAAUAAAUUUAUUUAGAGGCUGAUAGGGAAACUAGCUUUAGUAGCAGAGAUAUCAAAGGGCUAAGUUUACAUAAUUAAAAGCAAUACAGUUAUAUUGGUAUUUAUCAGUGUUUUAAUUCAAGUACCUUUUAUCAGCAAAUUUAUAAAAAACCAAAGAUAUUUAAGGUUACCUCCUCAGAGAGGCAGAUUUAGUUAUACAUUAAACUGUUGUUUCUUGUUUUUAUGUCAACCAGACUUGUCUCUCCAGAACCCAGUCUGUAUACGAGUAGCAUACGUAGGGACUUUCCAUUAAAUCUGCUGAUUCAGCCACAGGAUGUUUUUGCCAAAUGAUGUGAUACUUUCCUAAGCACCUUGAGUGUGAGAUGUCAACAGAAGUAUCAGCAGGCUUUUCCAUCGCAGAGCAUUCUGGCAACCCCUGAAUCAGCCUGCGUAGUCUUCCUCCUGCUUAAGCGUUACCUGGUUAACUCUGAGUGCUUUAGGCAGCCCCUUAAUGAGAGGGAUGUUCUCAUCUCUGGGGAGCAAUGGGAUAUAGCAGGGAAACAAACCAUAUCACUGUUUAAGUGGGCUGUACUUUGGUAGAUGUGCUCUUUAAAAUUAUCCAUAAGCUGAAAUAUUUUAUUGCAUCAAGGUGUUUCGAACUUUAGUGGAGCCUUAGGUGAAACAAAAAUCUUUUUUAUGAAAUCUGGAGUUUUAUGUUUUGAUUAACCUAAAAGUAAGGACACAGUUUUAUCCACUGAUUGGCUUUAAAAAAAAAUGAGCUUUGGCACACCAGGGAAAUUAGAUCCUCAAUGAAAUGCCUUUUAUUUGCCUUUACUUCAAACAAGAGCAGUGCCACCAUUGGGAACAGUGACAGUGGUUUGCAUUGGUUUGUCUUGGCUUCGUUAAGGAAUGUCUGCCAGGAAUUUGCUCAUGUUGACGACUCAGGAUCCUUGUUCAGGUCCACAUGAAGACAGCUUUGGAAAUGAUUCAGAGUGUCACAAAAAGAUGGAUUUGAAAGUUGUUUUUUUUUAAAUGCUAGAAUGUGGUUCCACCUCAGAAGUGGCUGUAGUGAUUCACAUAUAUUUAUAUUUCAUUGAAUGUAAAUUUUUAAUGCUGAAUGUAAAAAAAAAAGUUUCAAUAUGUUGAGAGGGUCAUGAUCUGAGACUAAACAUGUAUUUUGUAGACUUUGUUCCUGACACAUGGAUAAAAUUGCUUUGGUUGAGUACUCAUGUUUUCUAUGGGCUAUGAGCACACCAGUAGAGGGUUCUGGAGAAUCACCAUACACAACCAGUUGUCUAUUUGUGAAUUUUAUUGAUGUUUAGAAGAACACAUACAUAGAAUUCUCUGUGAAGUUGAUUUAUGCUCAGGACAUAAGAUCACAGGCUAAUGCAAUGUGUAUGUUUUCAGGCUUUAAUCUUCUCAGGCAUUUUCCCUUCGUAAACCUUUAAAAGUGUUUAACAUGACAGUCUUGCAGUUUUACCAGACAGAUACUGUACUAUUUUCUUACUGCUGCUAUAAUAAAUUACCACAGAGUUGGCCUUAAAACAACACAAAUUUAUUUUCUUAUAGUUCUGUAGGUAAGAAGUCUGACACAGGUCUCAAUGAGAUAAAAUCAAGGUUCGUUUCCUUAUCUUUUCUGGAGUUUAGAGCUGUAGACCCCUCCCUCUAUCUUGAGAGUUGGUAACAUAGCAUCUCUCUGGCACCACUUCCAUUACUCUGUCUGUUUUUCUGACCCCGACAAGGAAGGGUUCUCCAAUGUUAAGGACUAUGUGAUUAGAUUGGGCCCAUCUGGGUGAUCCAGGAUACUCCCGCAUCUGAAAAGUCCCUUUUGCUGUGUACAGUAACACAUUCAGAGUUUAGGGAUUUGGGCAUGGACUUACGUGGGUGGCCAUUAUUUUGCCUACAAAUUUCUGUAGAAUUCUGAUCCCCAUAAAAUGUCUGUAGCAUUACAGAGAUUGUAUAAGUGUAAAACUGUGUGCCUCUAGGGGAUCUUCAGAAUUUCAAAAACUAUGAAAACUUUGGCUUAUUGCCUGUCAAAUGUAUACAUUAAACUCUCUCUACAUCACUUGCAAAAGCAAUUCAGCUUUAAACUUUUUGAAUACGUGCUUUGUAAAUUAACAUCUCAGUACUAUUGUUUAAUAGGAAGUUUCCUAAAUAUUUGGCUCUAACUUUAUAGAAUUUUGUCAGAAAUUUUUGAAAACUGUUCUUAUGAGAGUUGAGCUUUCUUCUUUUCUCUUAAGUGAUUGUGUUGUUGGGGUAGGGUUGGGGAAAGACCUCAAACACAGGGACUCAGAGUAGAUGAACAGGACUGUGCUUAAGUUUAUUUUCUUUUAAAAGCAUGUUUGCAACAUGUACCCUUUUUGACUUUUAAAUCGAGUUUAUUUCUUCAGCUUCACCAGCUACCAACUGUUUGGUUUUUAGUUUAUAACCUCUUGAUUUUCUAACACCCUCAGCAAGAGCUUCCACUUACUUUGUCAACAUGUACAACUCCUAGGAAAUUUUCUUUCUUAUCAUUCUUCUUUGAUUUCAAUUGUCCCUUUUCCUAGAAAGCUUUAGAUUCCACAGCUGUAGUUUGUUCUAAUUUCUAGAUCAUUUUAAGUCAAGCCUUUUUUCAGAUUCGAAGGAUAGUUUAUAAUUCUACCCUAAUUUUCAGACCAUGAUGAUAUUCUAAGGUUAAGAGUGCUGGUCACUUUUCAGCUACUUCUGUCUCUACUUCUUGGGAAGGAAUAAUGAAUGCCAUUUACAGAGCAUAUGUGACGUGCCCAGCACAUGCUUCACCUCUGCAAACUGCUUCAUUCUGCAAAGCAAGUAUUAUCCCCAUUUUAGAGAUCAGAAAACAGGUUUACAGUGUCUAAUUUGCCAAAGAUCACAGCUAGUAAGUGGCUAGUAAGAUAUAAACUGGAGUUGGUCCAACUCCAGCAUUUAUAGAAUUUCUACUGUGAUGCAUUUUCUCAGCAAAGAAAUGAUCUUUAUUACCUCAGCUCAUAGUGCCUUCUGCUGUGUUAAGACAACCUGUCCACACAGGCAUAGCCAAUCACUAGAGAGAGAUGUCUGUCUUCAUUACGUCUGUUUAUUCACAGGAGGAAUUCAGGAGGCUGGGCGAAAACUCAUUCCGUCACCUCCUAGCAUCCCUCUUUCCUUCUUUGAAACCUUUCAUUCUCUUAGCCAAAACUGUGUCUGAAGGCUGGUGCUUAUGCCUAGAGUUGCAUUAAAUAAGGUGGGCAUGGUUCUGGACUCCUUAUCUAUUCAAGCAUUUCCUUAUUAGACUAGGUGUUCAGAGUUGAAUUUUAUCUUUUGUAAUUUUUCUCUAGUCCUCAUAUCCAAGUAGGCAUUUAUUAACUAGAAAAAGCCAGAUGUGUAGCCAGUCAUCCCUUCUGGCUAGAUCUGAAGAGUAUAGUUUUUAUUGAAUUCAACCUAAUUAAUUUAAGAGAGAGUGAAGUUGAGGGAGAAUCAUGUGGUAGAAUAAGGUAAGUCUUUGAAGCACCUAAAUUCUAGUCCUUGACCAUUUUGAGAAUUGUUUGGUAGGAAAAUUACUAACCUAUAUCUGUUCCUUUUCUUUCCAUGAAAUGAGGAUAAUUUGUUGUGUAGAAUGAAGCAGUAGUAUUUUGAAAACUUUAAAGUAUAAAUAAUUAAAAUCCAAAAGUCAUUUCUAUGAGGCUGUGAAAUAUACCUUAACAGAUUUUUUUUUUCUUUACAGGGCAGCCUUUCCAAUUACAUUUUGCCUGUGCUAAAAUGAAAAAUGUUUGCAUUUCCUGUAUAUGCACAAAAAAAAACUAACAGAAGAAAGUGGUUGAUAAAAGAUGUAGACUGGGAUUUAAACAUUCAUCUUCAAUGUAGGUGAAUCUAUAAGAGGGGGAUUUGCAGUGCUUUUGAAAGUACUAAACAUGAAAUCAUCUUACCCUAAUUUAAAUCUUUCAUCUUUUAAUAUCUUAGCUUUUAAAGAUUUAAGGAGGGAGUCUAACAUUCCCCGAGGGGUGGACAGAAGUACAUUUUUAGAAUUCUUCUCUAAUAGAUCUACUUUUUCAAGAUUAUAGAGCAUUUCAACAUUUCGUUAAACCAUUUGGAAUGAAUUUUAUAUAGGGUAACACAUGCUGGCAUCUAAUUCUAGUUAACUCAAGUUAACUUUUAAGGCUUAUUGGGAGAAUUAUAUGAGUAUUGUCUUUUUUUAGAGAAAGUAAAUGUUUUCCUUCACUUUUUCUUGAACCAGCCAGUAUCACUCUUAGCAUCAUGCAUGAGAUUCUGAACACCUUUCCUGAUUUACUCAAGUUUCCUAUCUUGUAAGUAGUCGAUGGUAUGCAGACACAGUCCUAACUUACAAACUUUUUCUUUAAAAAUUUAUGUCACAGUAGUUUAUUUUUCUAUAGAACUAUCUUUAAAAACAACAGAAAUACUUGAAAUGCUUACCUAAAACAUUUUUCUCCCCAUUACCACAUUCUCUAUAUCUAUUCCCUUUGCAAAUGGAAAUGAUUAGCAGUGAUUAGCAGUGUGAGCCUGUUUUAGAAAUUUGCAAAGCCUGAAUACACACACAUUGAUUGCCUUAGCCUAUCAGUAGACUAGAGGACAUAUAUUAAGUAAGUUUGUCUGUCUGUUGCUGUUGUUGGACAAAAUUAUCUGUGUACGCGUGAUUUUUUUUCUUUGAAGAUGUGAAUUAAAUGAAAGUGUGGGAGCCAGUUAUAUUAUUUCGUAUUAUGGGUGUUCUGGAUCCUUUCACUCUGUAUACCAUUUUCUUGUAAGGGUAGCAUUUGCAGACUAGCUAAUGGACUCCAGAGCUGAGCUAUUUUAAUUUUAUACUUGACUCAGGGGAUCAGCUCUGUGAACUCCAUUGCAUGAAGAAAGCAAAUGUUUGCCUUGAUUUUGAAUGUACCUUUUUAAUGUCUUCUUAAAACAUAUUUUGCUUAAUAAUGUGGGUUUGUUUUCUUUUUCUAGCAUUAUAGUAAAUAUUGCCUAGUAUUCCCCCCCUCCCCAGGAUAGUUUAUAUACUGUCCUACAGGUCAUGCCAAAAAUGAAUAAAAGUUUAAAUGCCAAAAUGUUUAUGAAACUGCUGUCUAAGUACUGAUUGAUUGCACAGUUUAAAUAAAAGUUUUCCUUAGUUAAAAAAAAA